AUGUGGGUUUUGCUCUCGUUGUUCUUGGACCGUAAGAUCAAGGUCUCCGCUGGAUCGACCCCACCAGGAAGUGCUCCACCCAACUCCAGCCGAAUCGUAAUAGCAUCCCGUUUUUGGUUGGCUACAGAAAGGGAGGGGGAAUUCGAAAACGGGAUAAUGCACGCUAAAACCUAUGCGAGUAAACGCCGGUCGACAAAGAUUUCGACGAACUGCAAACUUGAAGAAGAAAUACUCGAUGCUAUUCAGUUAUCUCCUAUUACUAGUACCAGAAGAUUUUCACGUCAUUUCGAUGUUUCCUCUACCAGCGUAUGCCGGACUUCACUCGAACAACGAUUGUAUACUGUACCUAUUUCACGUAUCGAGUAG